AUGAGUCUCGCAUUACACGAUCUGCUCAUUUGUUGUCGUCGCCUUGAAAAUGAGAAGGCUGUGGAGCGAAGGAAGGAAAUCGAAAAUUUCAAGCGUCUUCUCCAUGAUUCUGAAACAGUUCUCCAGCUGGACCGGAAUUCUGAUGCUAAGCAAGGAAAGCAACUCAACUGGGAUGCUGUAUUUAGUGUCUUGCAGAAAUAUUUCCAGAGAGAAAUCAAAAACCUGCAGCUCAUGAAGCCGAACGCAUCUGCUUCAACCCAAACUACCAGACAGAAAAAGAUGCAAGAAGUUGGAAGUUUGCUUAAAUAUUUCAUCAGAUGUGCUAAUAAAAGAGGACCCAGACUGAAAUGUCAGGAACUUCUGAUUUACGUCUUGGAAAUUAUAAGAGAUCCAACAAGUUGUGCUGCUUAUGGAUCUGACUGUAGCAGUAUACUCCUAAAAGAUAUCCUUUCAGUAAGGAAAUACUGGUGUGAGAUAUCCCAGCAGCAGUGGUCAGAGUUGCUGGUCCUGUAUGGCAAAUUAUACCUCAAACCUUCUGGGAAGAUUAAUAGAGUCUUGGUGGCUAGGAUAAUUCACACACUUACGAGGGGGUACUGCUUCCAAACUGAUGGCUUGAGUUCCGAUAUGUUUAUCUUCUUUUCAAAAGCGAUGCAGUGUGCGAGGCAGGAGAAGAAUACUGCAGGCCUGGAUGAUAUUGUAGGAGCAAUGAAUAUCUUCUGCACUAAGUUUGCUGUCAACUGUCGCAUACGGCUUUGUAAAGUAGGGGAAGAAAUUUUGCCUACAGUCCUUUAUAUAUGGACUCAGUAUAGACCAAAGGAUUCCCUGAAAGAAGCAAUAAUUGAGUUAUUUCGUCUCCAAGUUCACAUUCAUCAUCCAAAGGGUGCAAAAACUCAGGGAAAAGGUGCGCAUGACUCAGCAAAAUGGCAAAGUAUCUUACAUGACCUGUAUGAUCUGCUGGUGAACGAAAUAAAUCUCAUCGGUAGUAGAGGAAGGUAUUCUUCAGGGUCACGUAAUAUUGCUGUAAAGGAAAAUCUGGUUGAGUUAAUGGCUGAUAUUUGUCAUCAGGUUUUUGCAGAGGAUACCAAAGUUAUGGAAAUUACCCAGUCAUACACUGUUUCACAAAGAGAAUCCAGUGGUGAAACACUACCAAGCAAGCGCAGAAGGAUUGAAGUAGGCUGGGAGGUUAUUCGAGACAACCUGCAAAGAUCCCAGAAGGAUUUUGAUGUCAUACCUUG